AUGGCUGAAGGACAGGUACCCGAUUGGGCAAUCUCUGAGGCGGCCGCAUACGAGAACUGGACCCAAGUGGGACCAUCUGGUUCAGCCCUAAUGGCUGGACCCUGGAUCUUUCUACAGUAUGCAUCUUCUGGCAUCCAAGGACAAUGA